GUUUCAGAUCAGCUUUUUGGAGAACCUGCCCCGCUCGUCAGCAGCUGAGCAACAAACAAAUAAAAUAGAGUCACAUGAUUGUGCGGAAGUAUUGGUGCUCUAAACACACAACAAGAUGGCAUCACACCCGGGAGGAGGCGAUCAAGGUAACCGUUAGCGAUAUUAAACAUAAAAAAUUCCUUUACAGUGUUGACAACGACAAAUCGGACUUAUAUGAUAUGAAAAAAUAAAAAUUCGCUCUUGUUUUGUGUACAGAUGUUGUUUAUCUACUGGGGGCAACAUUAGCUUAACUGAAGUUAGCGUCAAAGCUAGCCUGAAUGUUGACUCAGCUAGCAUCGACCGGUGCCUUUAUCAGCAGCUUUAUUAGCGACCUUUAUAACACCGUGUUAGCAAUUAUUCCUGUACAAAAACGAAACUAAAGUAUUAAAAAGACUGUUGUGUAACCGUUUACACAGUGAAAUGUGAAAUAAUGAUAGACGUGUUUAUGUAACAUCUGCAACAGCGUUACCUGACCUCAGCUAAUGAACUUAGUAGAAACUAACAGCACACUGUGUGAACUGCCAUUAAAUGUUUAUUAUUAUUAUUCACUAUGAACAAAUAUUCAGCUUCAGUUUAAAGACAGGGUUAUAGGUACUUUGUUGACUAAAGGUGACCUAAUAUUUUAACAGUGACUGGUCCCAGUCAACACAUAGUACAGUGUUUUUUAGACAGCUAGAGUUAAAAUAAUUACAAGAUAUGAGAAUUCACUUAAUGAAACGUAACUGGUUACAACACCUCUAGUAAGAGACACAUGUAGAUAAUGUGAGGAAAUGUUAAAAAGAUGCACUUUUUUGUUUAACUAGAAUACUACGAAAGUGAUUAUGGAAAAGAAAAAGUUUAAAAAAAUUUUUUUUUAAAAAGGGAGUUUACUAUGUACAUCUCUUCACAUAUUAGUUUUACUGGCUUAGCCAAACUCACAUUACCUUGUGGACCAAUUUUGAAUUCUAUUGAUUUCCUUGUCUUUCCAAAGCAUUAGUUUUAAAAUCCAUUGAUAUACUGACAUGUUGAUGAUAUAACAUUUAUCUUCAUCACUCAGGAAAUACCACGGAUCAGAUACUGGAAGUGGGAGCUGUUUUAUUGAAAGAGUGAGUAUGCCUUUUCUUGUCUGGACACGUAUUAUCAGAUUACAUUAUAUUAGAAAGAACUUUAUUGAACAUUUUAGGAAGGUUUCCUUUAGGAAAUGGAAAUUCUAGCUGCAUCAGUAUGUACAGAAAAAAAACAGAAGAGUCAAAUAAGUAAAAAUCAAAAUACAAUGUGUAUAAAGAAUAAAGAUUUGAUAGAACUGUAGAUAAAUUAAGUACUGUCAUAGAAAACGUAAGACAUGAAGCAAUGAAUAUUUGGACAUUACAAAUAGUGCUGAUCAUAUUUGUUAUCAUCUAAAACCUCUCUCUCACACACACACACACACACUUCCCACCCACUGACCGACAUUACUUUACAAAACUAAGGUGCUGCUUUCACACAGAACCUUUAGUGCAACAGGGCUAAUUUCAGCCUACUUAACUCUGCUCUUUAUUGUUUUGUAUCUUAGCUAUUGUAUUAUAUUUUAUUUAUUGUAUUGGAUUUUUUAUUCUUGGCUUGGAAACGGACCUGGGCACUAAUUUGGUACCACAGACUGUCAAAGGUGUGGGGUAUGACAAAUAAAGUUCCUUUAAUCCUUCGAUCCUAAUACUAAUGAUCUACUUUGUAGUUUCAUCUAUGAGCGGGUUCGGCGGAACGAGGACAGUAAUGCGACGGUGACCCGCGCACAGCUGGGUGGAGGGGAGCUGUGUGACCCAAACCACAAGAAGCUUGCUCUGUGCCUGCAGCAGAUUGGGGAUGAGCUGGAUGGACAUGUAGAGCUCCAAAGGUGAGCUACUCAUUUAUGUGUUUGAUUCGUCAUAUUUCCAACCUGCGCAGUCACAAAAUGCAAGGAUGUUUUUAUAGGUAGAAUUUCUCUCAUUGCUUAUUAUGAUUUUUCUUAGGAUGAUAAACAACUCCUCACUUACUCCCACAAAAGACGUGUUUGUGAAGGUUGCCAUAGAGAUUUUUUCAGACGGGAAGUUCAACUGGGGUCGAGUGGUUGCACUUUUUUACUUCGCCUGUAAACUUGUCAUCAAAGUAAGUAAAGCAGCUCUGAUGAGUCUUACUUCCCAAUAAAGAGAAAACAAAGACCUGGUGGCUAAAGCAUGGCUGCAUUUCUGCUUUUCUAGGCUCUUGUCACCCAAGUUCCUGAUAUUAUCAGAACAAUCAUCAGCUGGGUGCUGGAGUACCUCCGCGAAAAUGUGGUCAACUGGAUCAGGGAGCAAGGUGGCUGGGUAAGGAGCUAACUUACACAUUUUCAUAACUUCACAGUUUACAAUCAUGAUGCAUGUUUAUAUUUGUGUCUGUUUCUCUUGCACAUUAGGAGGGUAUUCGAUCCUAUUUUGGCACCCCAACAUGGCAGACGGUGGCAGUUUUCUUGGCCGGCGUUCUCACCACUGUUGUAGUUAUUCGCAAGCUGUGAGAGGCAAGGGGAGUGCAGACACGGCAAAGAUGGGCGGAAGUACAACUGCAGGAAAUGGAGAGAUGAACAUGACAGAACAUCUGAAAGAAAACAGAGGGAAAUGAUGGCAGAGGGAAUGAGUGGAAAGAGAAGAAUCUCAGUUUGGAUGCAGAGAGCCUUUGUUUCUCCCUUUCAUUUCCAGGACUGGGAGUUAGGCUGAACAUGUGGUCGUACCCACGAUUCCUGUGCUCCUGAGGGAGUGAGCAGUGCAUGACUACAUGCACAAAGCAGAAGGGGUGGAGAGUUGGUCAGACUUAAAUAAGGGUUGCAUUUUCAGUAAUUUAUUUUUUACUUAGUAGAGAUUUAAAAAUGUCACUGCAUUGUGUUUUCUGCCCUAAAUAAUUCAUGGGCUGGGUUAGUUUUCUCUCAGCAUUAAUUUCGUAUCAGUUUGCUUUUCUGCCUGUCCCCUUGUCCCCAUGCAUCUCAUUAUGGUGUCAGCUAUCUUCAUAUGUAUCUGUAAGUGUUUACUGGUAUGUUGAUAUGAAAUGUUGAUGGGAUGGGUCACAUUCUAUCAAGUUCAAAUCAGAUCUUUUUGCAAACAAUUGUGAGAUUUACCGCAAAGAUACUGUUAUUAAUGAGAUGUUACACCUGGGAUAGCAAGUGAGCACAAGCAACCCCAAAUAUAUCCCCCUUUAACGCACAUGUCAGUGGGCAGUCAAGGUGCCACAGCAGGGAUUUACAUUCAAAGUUCAGUUCAUAUUCAACAUGAAUCAUCAUAUGAAAAGAAAAACAAUGUAUGUUAUGCAACAUUUGAUCUUAUACUGCCUUUAGGCAUCUGACCAGCAUCGAGCCCUUAAUGUGAUUCCUACUCCAGAAAAAAAAAAAUCUUGCCUCAUAUUUCAAAUCUGUUCAAAUGCAGACACACGUCAUGAACAGACAUUUCCAGUAGUUCAUGUAAAAAGUAGCUCUGCAGACACGGACAGCACUGAGUUGCUCAGAGAUGCUUACCUCACCUCACAUGUUUUCACAGUACUGUAUUUUAAUGUGAGUAAUUCAAACUGCAAUCUCGUAUCUUCACAGAACAGCUUUUUAUACAUUCUCCUCAUUUGUCAGUGCCUUGGUGUUUUUUUUUUCUUUUUUAAACGAUGGAAUCAUUUUGAUAUUCUUCCCCUUUUUCUAUCAAUUUGUAAGCUGAAAUGAAAGCUGAAAUCAAUUUCCAGUCUCCUUGAAAAUCUUUUUGCAGUGACCUUGUAUGUUGUAAUAUGGAAAAUAAAUCUUUAACUCUGCUAAC